UUAUUCAUUGUGAUUUUUCUUCUCGAACAUUGUGGGCGCUUUUAGAGCUAAAAAAAAGUUUCCUCUCUUGCAUUUAUUCAGCAAAACCAAAUUUAAUUGUGACUAAUCUAUCCAACAUUGUGACCAAUAACCAAUAAAAUAAACUAAAUCCAAUUUAGGUGGACAAUCUAAUGAAAAAAAGAGUAUAACAUUGAUAGAAAAAAAGACGUAUAAACUUUGAGCAUCUUUUGCACAAUAGUGACUUGCUACUGAGUUUUUUUCAAAAGCCUCAAAGUGGAAGGACAAAGCUGAGUACUAAUUGGAAAAUUGGGGAAAAAGUCUAAAUAGAGCAAUCAAGUUACUAGAAUGGAAUCCAACGGAACUGGUGGCGAAGCAAAUGCCCCCGAGAAUUUGCUCGGUACUUCACCUGGUGCCUCUAGUUUGCGUAGUCGAACUGAAAGUGAAUGCUCCGACAAAUUGGCGCGCUUCGUUUUACCCAGCAUGGAUGGCAGUCCACCAAAGGUGCUAACACUCAACGAAGUGGGUGACGUGCUAAAGAAUAUACAAAAUAUGGAACUGGUGCAUGAAAUCGCUAUCAAUCCUGAAUUUAAGUUUGAACCAUAUGAACCACCAGAGAACAGUCUCGAACGCCGCAUCAAGGACAUCAUGCACAAAGCCUUCUGGGAUGUGUUGCGCGGUCAACUGAAUGAGAACCCCCCUUGCUACGAUCACGCUAUUCAAUUGCUAGCCGAGAUUAAGGAUUGCUUUCCGCAAAUAAUUUCGCAAAAUAAUACACGCGCCUUGCAGCACAUCAACGAAAUACUUGACAUCGAUGUGAUAAAACAGCAGGCCGAGGAGGGCGUGCUAGAUUUUAGAGCUUAUGCCAAUUUUGUCAUACAUCUUAUGGCGAAGUCAUGCGCGCCCGCACGAGAUGAGCUCGUACGACAGUUGACCGAGAUCGAAGAUGUGGUGGAUACUUUUAAAAAUAUACUUGAAACAAUGGCGCUAAUGAAAUUAGAUAUGGUGAACUAUUUACUUGAUUUUGCACGCAACGAUAUCAUGGCAAAUUCGGUGGAAUAUGAGAAAAAGAAAUUCAAAGAAUAUUUGGAGUAUUACAAAUUUGGUUUCCCAGCUACCGAAAAUUGGCUUAAAAACAGUUGUAUUCACGAUGCCAACAAUAAGCCCUGCUCGCCAGAGCAAACCAUUUCUAAUGCCUAUAUGGAGCUCAUGGAUUGGGAUGAGUCUAAGGAAUUUCCCGAAGUGCUUUCUAUUGACAAGGAACGUAUUUUAAAAUUGGGGCAGCGCGCCAAACGUCUUUGUACAUGUGCUGCUGUCAUUUCUAUUUGCUCGGGAGUGCCGGUUAUUUCGCAACGUACCGAAAAUCGAGUCGCACUCGCCAAGCAAAUCGACAUAAUCUUGCAAGGUACCACCAAUGAGAAAGAGCUCUUGGAUUCGAUUGAAAACGUUUGGUUGCAAGUGAAAACCGUUAUAAAUGAGUACUUGCAAAAGGAGGACCAGCCGGUGAUCGACGCUAAUACAGAAGACAUGCUAAAGUCGCAAAUAAUGCAAACGGGUAAUAAAGAUUCGCCUGUGCGCACUUUGAUGUGGAAACGUUUCCAAACAUAUUUUCGCUUGGCAAUGCGCUCACGCGCUGGUUUACCACCACCACCACCAGGCUAUGCUGACUUCAAAGAUGAGCUGGAAGCCUAUUGCACUGCCCUAAAACGCGUAAUUGCCUACAAUCAUUCCGUCUUCGGUGAAUACUUUAUGAAAGUCUUAACACAACAACGCGUUACAAGCACCGACACAACCACAAGUGCUGCAGCAGCUGCCGCAAGCGCUACAGAGAGCGUGGAGCCGGUGUCUAGUAGUGCGGCUGCCGUUACCGAGGAGAAGUCUGUUAAUAGCCAAUAGUGGAAGUAUGCAAAUUAUAUCGCAAACAAUGGGCGGCAACAAGUCGCGCGUGUGAUGAUGCGGGUAUCGGGUCGGACACUGUGCUGCAAUUGACACAAAAUGAUUUAGCCAACUGGAUUUUUUGCAGACAAAGAACCUAACGACGACGAUGCGCCCACUUUGCUCUGCCAGCGGUGCUUGUGCAUAUAUUCAAUAGGUGUAUGACUGAAGCAACCACAACCAAGUGAUUUAGGCAAAUGUGUAGGCAAAUGAGAGUUUUUCACUAUUCUGGAGCUAGCACUCGUAUACCCCCACAGGAAAUGGAUAAUAAUAGAAACAAGAAAACUUAAGUAUGAUAAUGAAGAAAUGCAAAAUCGAAAAUCGGCAAAUUUAAUAAGCAAAAACAAAAAAAAAAAAAAAACAGCAACAACCACAAAUUAUAAAUUUAUUCGUUAAUUUCACGUGCUUUUAUUUAUACAAAAUUGUUUAACUAAAUGAAUGAAUGAACAAAAAGGAAAAUUAAUUGUAAAAAUAUAUAGUUAUAAAGCAGUAGCAUUUUUAAUUUCAAUAACUGACGAAAAUUGCAACCAACUGAUUGUUAGUAGAAGUCUUUGAUAAAUCGGUGCUGCCUGGAUAUGCGAAAGUAGAAGUAAAAAAAAAACAACAAUGAAUUAAGACUUAGAACAAAGUGUGCACUGUGGUUCUUUUUAAAUUUUAAUAGCUUAAUUUUUUGGCAUACGCCACGCAAUAGUUUAUUAUUUUUGCACACACGUAUGCAUACACACAUACAUAUAUACAGGCAUACACAUAUACAUCUUUUAUUCACAAUAGUUCAGUAAAUAUUUUGUUGAAAUUUUUAAGAUUUAAAUGUAAGCGUAGCAAUGAUACAACAAAAAAUGACUUCAUCUCAUCAUAAAAAAAAUCGUGUUCCAUGAGCUAUUCGACAACCACAGCUGCACAGUUGGCAGCUUUUAAUAAACAUUUUAUUUAUUUAAUUCACAAAACUCCAAACUUAACCACCAAACAACCACAUUGAAGUGAUAUCGUUUUUUAUUUACCAACAUUUUACAAGUAUUUACAUGCCCACAUACAAAUGUACAUACAUAUACGAACUGAAUAUAAUGAAUUGAAUACUUGAAUACUGGAGAAGGAAAGUAAAAAAAAAAAUAUAA